AUGUUUUUCUUUCUUUUCUCUUUCUCACGUUCUUUCUUUCUUUUCUCUUCUUCAUUUUCCUUCUUUUCUCUUUCUCUCGUUCUUUCUUUCUUCUUUUCUUCUUUCUUUCUUUCUUUUCUCUUUCUCUCCCUCUUAUUUUCUUUCUUUUCUCUUUUCUCGUUCAUAUUAUUUGUCUUCUCUUUUUCUCCCUUCUUUCUUUCUACUCUCUUUCUCUCGUUCUUACUUACUUUCUUUUCCCUUUUUCUCGUUCUUUCUUUCUUGUCUUUUUCUUAUUUUCUUUCUUUUCUCUUUCUUUCGUUCUUUCUUUCCUCCUUUUCUCUUUCUCUCGUCCUUUUUUUUCUUUCCCUCGUUCUUAAUGUCUUUCUUUUUCGUUUUUCUUAUUCUUACUUUUUUUUCUUUUUUCUUUCUGUCGUUCUUUCUUUAAUUCUUUUCUCAUUCUAUCGUUCUUUCUUUCUUUUCUCUUUUUCGCGGUCUUACUUUCUUUCUUUCUUAGCUUCUUCCUUUCUUUCGUCUCUCUUUCUCUUCUUCUUAGUUUCUUUUUUCUCUCGUUCUUACUUUCUUUCUUCUUCAUUUCUCUCGUACUUUCUUUCUUCUCCAUUUCUCUCUUCUUUCAUUCUUCUCUCUUUCUUUUCUUCGUUCUUACUUUCUUCUCUCUUUCUCUCGUUUUUCUUUUUUCUUUUUCUCGUUCUUUCUUUAUUUAUUUUCUCUUUCUUGCGGUUUUUAUUUCUUUUCUCUUUCUCACGUUCUUUCUUUCUUUUCUUUUUCUUUCGUUUGUUCUUUCUUUUUUCUUUCUUAACAUUUUUCAUUCUUUCUUUUUUCUUUUUUCAUAUUCAAUGUCUUCUUAUUAAUUUCUUAACAUUUCUCAUUUGUUCCUUCUCUUUUUCUUUAUUUCUCUUUCUUCCUUUUUUCUUUGUUUUCCUUUUUUUUCUUUCUUUCGUUUCUUUACUUUUGUCCAUUUAUUUCUUCAUUUCUCAACAUUUCUCAUUCUUUCUGUUUUUCUUUAUUAUUCUUUCUUUCUUUUUUCUUAACACCCGCUUGUUUCCUCCCCUCCUUCCUUCCUUCCUUCUUUCUUCCUUUCUUUCUUUUUUCUUUCUUUCUUUCUUUCUUUCUUUCUUUUUUCUUUCUUUCUUUCAUUCGGUCUUUCUUUCUCUCUUUAAUGUUUAA